AUGUCUGUUUAUGGAUCCGAACAGAUGGUAAUGGACGAUGACAUAUUAUAUCCUAUGUGGAUUGAGUCAUUAAACACAGUGAUGGACGACAAUAAGGCGUUGACUUUGGUGAAUAAUGAACGUAUUGCCCUAACACAGACAAUGCGUCUACCGUUGGAGGUAUCCAAUUUGAGGUCUACCGCGUCAGCCACUGUCGGCUGGAAUCCGUAUGUUUCUGGUCGGAUGGACACUAGUGAUAAUGUAACUGAAGAAGCUGCUCUUCUGGUACUAUUUGAUAAAUAUGUGCCCAUCUGUUUGGAAACGCUUAAAACAAAAUUCAUAAUCAUAAAACCCGUACCGGAAAUAACGCACAAACAAAUGUUGUGUACGUUACUCGAUUGUCUUUCGACUCCCAUCAAUUGUCCGCCGGAAAAUGCUAGGGAUGUGUACGGAACAUAUUUUGUGUACACUUGUCUUUGGGCUUUUGGUUCAGCCUUAUUUAAAGAUCAGGCAAUCACGUUGGCCGGAGCCAAUGAUGAUAAUCGCAAAUCACUUUCUAAUGAUUUGAACGCUGUUGCAAAUGUACCGCUUAAUUUAUACACAAUAUCUGAAAUGUUACAAAAGAUUUUGGAAAAACCAUUAGAGAAAAAAUCUGGUAGAAACUUUGAUCUUCCGGAUGGUAAAACACUAAUUUACUUUAUUGAUGAUAUAAACAUGCCAGAAGGUAUUAGUCCUGAAAACGAAUACUUGAUAAGCCCACCGGCACAUUCACAUUUUGCGGACGGUAUUGGUGAUCAAAAAUGUAUGCAUGUGUGGUCGUGGAGUAGUAUACUGCAUACAAUACUAAAUGAUGCAAUGAAGUCGUACAGUGAAUUUCCGCGGGCUCUUAAUUGA